GUGCGCGGGCUGUACGCUGGGCGGCGCCAUUCGGUUAUUCGCCAUACUUGCAUUGCUGCACACAACAGACGCACUUACCGCCGGCCACCUGGAAGUACCGUCGCUCUGAACAAAAAAGACAUGGCUGAGGAUGACGUCACUCCAGAGCAGCUAGCAGCCAUUGCCGCCGAAAACGAAGAACCAGAGCCUGUCAACUACAAGCCACCCGCCCAAAAGACGGUGCAAGAGAUCCAAGAGCUCGAUAAGGAUGACGACAGCCUUCGUAAAUACAAGGAAACCCUCCUUGGGACUGGAGCCGUUGAAACCGAUCCGAGCGUUCCCAACGUCCAGGUGACGCAGAUGGCUCUGAUAUGUGACAGCGCCCCGUACCCACUGGUGCUGGACUUGCAGGGAGACUUGGAAGCCCUUAAGAAUGAGGCCUUUGUUCUGAAGGAGGGAGUUGAAUACAAAAUAAAGAUCAGUUUUAAGGUGAACAAGGAGAUUGUUUCGGGUCUGAGAUAUUUUCAGGUGACGUACAGGAACGGAAUAACGGUUGACAAAUCGACCUACAUGGUGGGCAGCUACGGGCCCCGCCCCAAAGAGCACGAAUUUAUUUCCACGACAGAGGAGGCCCCAAAGGGCAUGCUGGCCCGAGGCCGGUACAACAUCAAAUCCAAGUUCAUGGACGACGACAAGCACAUCCACCUGCUCUGGGAGUGGAAUCUCAACAUCAAGAAAGACUGGGAAGACUAAGCCAGGCCAUUUCAGCGGCUGGCGAGUGAAAGCGUCACAUCUGUCCACACGCGCGCCACCCAAACCUGCACUUCAGCCUUCUGGUGUUUUGUUAUGUCGUCUUAACGCCCUCAUAGUCCUUCUCCUGCCUGCACAUAUCCUCAUUCCUACAAGUCCUCGUAUGGAUCCAUCCCCACUGCAACUAAGCUAUCUUAGAAGACGUUUCCCUCUUAUCCAGUUCAUGCUCAAAGACAGAUAGGACACCUCUGGGCUAGAGAUGUCAUGUCUAGUCUUUGAGCGAUCUUGUCUUCCAUCAGUCCAUGGUCAAAGACUAGAUAGGACAGUUAUAGGCUAGAGAUGCCCUGUCUAGUCUGUCAGCAUGAACUGAGCAACUAGCUCGGAUCGCAAGGUUUGGGCUUUCACCCGUGCAGGCAUCAUCAGUUCAUGCUCAAGACUAGAUAGGACAGCUCUGGACUAGAGGUGUCCUUAUGCAGCCAUUGAGCAUGAUUUAAUGACGCCUGCUGUGAUGAGAGGCAAAACAUUGUGGUCCUAGUUAGUUGCUCAGGUCAUGCUGACAGACUAGAUAGGGCAUCUGUAGUCUAGACUGUCCUACCUAGUCUUGACCAUGGACAAAUGAAGACGAGAUAGGAUGAGAGGUUAAACGUCUUCUAGACAGCCUGAACAGUUGGUUUACGAUAUGGAUUCAACACCCCGAGAAUUUAUUUUUCCUCUUCCAGGAGCGUCAGUAGCAGCGUCGGUAGCAGCGCAUCACAUCAUCGCUUCAUCGCCGCCAUGUUUGUUUGUUCCCCCACCACCACCACCACGCCGUCUUCCUCUCGGUAUGAAGUACAUGUGGAAAAGCAAGUGUACAAUCAAGUUGUUGGCCUUUCUAUGUAGUUGUGUCACGUGACUGUGUUCACUGGUAAUCAGGCCCCACCGCAUCCGGCACCCCCACGUUCACCCUUCAUCCAUUCCUGGUGCACCUGCUUGCUGCCUUUGCAUCAAACCACCAACGUCUGCCUUCUCUUCCUUUUUCCAUUCAUGCAAGUCCUGCCAACGAAAAGCUGCCUUAUUUAUACUUUCAACUUAUCAUGGUCACUUCCUGCGUGGACUUGAAGGGCUGACUUUGCUGUUAUCUGCAGCCCUGUUGGACCCCCCCAUCAUAACUUACUGAAUGUUAAUGCAGCCUUUUGGACCCCCCCUCGUCAUAACCUACUGAAUGUUAAUUGGAGAGAAAAAGAAGCCUUGAGGCCUUAUCACCUUCUAUGAUAGCGAAAACAGCAACAAAUAUUUUUAAUUUUGUUCUUUUGGGUGUCGGUGUUAUGCUUUUGCCUUAAUGUAAUGACCCCCCACAAGACGGUUGUAGCUUCAGGAGGCUCAAAUGGAACAUGAACAUGCAAACUUCUAGUACACUGUGUACUUUCAGUUCCUGAGGGCACACUUUUUGAGUGGAGUGCUGUCCCAAAUCCAUUAUUGUCUUUGUGACAUCCAAAUAUUUGCCCGCUUUUUCUUCUUCUGUUCACCACUUUGCACCGCGACCGCCAUUAUUUCACAUUAGUCCCUCCCCACACUCCUCAUUUUGGCCGUUAGUGCUGACAGUCCACUUGCAUUUUGACGUACUUGACGUCAACGCAUCCAUGGACUCUGAAGACAAAGACAAAAACAUUCAACUAAGUACAGCCUGUGUCUCAAUCCGUGCACUUCCACACUUACACUUAGCAUUUAGAGUGCAUAAGUGCGUUGACGCUGACAAGUACAGCAAGUGUCAGUACACGGAUGUUGCACUCAGCACGCCCAAUACCGAUAUGUGCGGUCGUCAUAAUUGAUUUGGGAGCGCACUACAGUGUUCCCUCGUUUAUCGUGAGGGAUAGGUUCCCAAAAUAACCCGCAGUAAGUGAAAUCUGUGAAGUAGCCAACUUCAUUUUUGAUAGGUAUAUGUUUUAAGGCUGUAAAACACUUUAUACACUUUCUCAGACAGGCAGUAACAUUUUCUCACAUUUCUCUCUUGCUCAAUAUCUCAAAAAAGUUAAAACCUUUGUCUGAAUUUUAAUGAUCAACACAAGAAAUGAUUGUCACUCACACAUAUUUCACUCGUGUGACUGUGCCUUUUCGUCCUGGCGCCCUUCCGCUGUACGGUAGCGUUUUUGUCUCCUUGUUAAAACAUUGCUGCAGACGAACUGAGGAUUCAUUUACAGGCUAGCAAGCAAGCUAGCAAUGACACAGGAGACAUGGCAGGACAGCACGGAGAUUGAUUGACAAUAGUCUACAGGCAAUCAGGAGGCCGAAAACAAUGGGCGAUGCAGACAGACGAUAGAAGGGAAGAGCUAGAGACGCACCUGCGAUGGAGGGAGGGAACACUGUACACUGUCAGCAUUAGCACACUCAGGAACAAAGUACACUGUGUAAUUCUACUUCCUGGACUUAUUGACCGACUGCUGCUGAUGAAAACCGACGGUGUCGGGAUUAGCCGCGAGCACGCUGCAGCCUACUUUAAUAACACCACGAACCUCAAGUCAGACAACAGUAUUUGUGAAAAUUAGCAGUAAAACUAAAGUGUAAAUGAAGAUGUACUGUACCAGAUCAUGUGGAUGCAGAGCCUUUUGUGUUUUGGUGGUGAAAUCGAUGUAUUCCUGCGCCAUACAUUCCAUCAUUUUGUAACAGUUUCUAUGAAAUCACUGGCAUGCUGGUGGGGUCGUACAUGACGUCUUCAUUUGUGAUCGUUCUGACUGGUCAAUAAAGACUUUGCUGAACUGUG